AUGGAAGUCCGGAAGGCGUUCACGUCCGCGACGCGCUCCGUCUCGUCCUCGUCCCUCCGCGAACGUUUGACCAGCCUCAGUACUCUGACGACGAAGCCCCUCAGGCCGGUCGCGAACCUCCACGCCCAUAUCGAAUUUGCGCCGUCAACAAUCCCGAGGAAGCGGAGGCUUCAAACUCUCAUGGUCGCAAUAUGGUCGACGUCGGUCAUCUGGGCCCCGGUCUUGUUCAUGUUUCUAUGCUCGUUUCCUCCAUUAUGGCCCUUCCUAGCCGCAUACAUGAUAUGGAUACGCUAUCUGGACAAAAGCCCAUCGAAUGGAGGACGGCUCAGCCCAUGGUUUCGAUCGUCGCGGUUCUGGAGGGACUUCGCGGAGUAUUACCCGGCUUCAUUUUUGAAGACAUGCGAGCUACCGCCUGAUAGGACUUAUGUGUUCGGUUACCAUCCACACGGAAUCAUUGGCAUGGGCGCCAUUUGUACGUUUGGCACGGAAGGCACAGGGUUCAGCUCCGCUUUUCCCGGAAUUGUUCCCCACUUGCUCACCUUGACUUCGAACUUCGCGAUGCCAUUCUACCGCGACAUCAUCCUAGCAAUGGGGAUCUGCUCAGUCUCCAAGGAGUCGUGUUCCAACAUUCUCAAGGGAGGACCCGGGCAGUCGAUCACCAUCGUCGUCGGCGGCGCGGCGGAGAGUUUGAGCGCGCAUCCUGGUACGGCGGAUUUGACAUUGAGGAAGCGGCUUGGGUUCAUCAAGCUAGCCAUACAGCACGGCGCCGACCUUGUCCCGGUCUUCUCUUUCGGCGAGAACGAUAUUUUCAAACAGAUGCCCAACCAAAAGGGCACGACGCUGCACAGCCUGCAAAAGAAGUUCCAAAAUGCUUUCGGGUUCACAUUGCCUCUUUUCCAUGGUCGUGGACUACUAAACUACAACUUAGGGCUAAUGCCGUAUCGUAAACGAAUCGUCGCCGUCAUCGGUCACCCCAUUCACGUCGAGCAGCGCGACAGGCCGACUCUGGAGGAGGUUAUGUAUGUGCAGAAACAGUACAUAGAUGAGUUAAUGUGGAUAUGGCACACGUACAAGGACGAGUUCGCUCGGACGAGGAAGCGGGAGUUGAACAUCAUCGAGUGA